CUUUUUUGGUAUGAAAGGCACCGUUUUGUCACGUCUACUCGGAUUGCCUUCAUUAGGUUUAUUGGUGAGCAGACUUGCAAUGUUUCUUGAUCGUUUUAAUGGUUAGAUCUUAUUAUAUUGAAUAAUAUUUUGAUAUUACUGGAGUUCUAUAUUAAUGUAUUUUAAUGACAUGCCUGUUAAUUGUCAACUGAUGAUAGCACUAGUAACAAAUUUGUUUCCUUACAAUGUUUCAGGUGUGUCAUUGUAGUAGUAGCAUGGAUGAAGGAUUAGUUUUUCAUAUAGGUACCAGCCAUGGACAAAAAGAUUUUCUCCACUGAAUUGCUGGUACCCAUAUAAAGUCCAAAGCAUUAGUUAGUCAAAACAAGAGGAUGUCUUAAAACUUCCCUCUUUAGAGUUCAGGUCAUAGAAAAAUUUAAAUACAAAAGCAGGCAGCUAGUUCCAGAGUUUACCAAAGAAAGAGAUGAAUGAUUGAGAGUAGUGGUUAACUGUUGCAUAAAAGAGUGGACAAAUUAGGAGAGAAUGAAGAUAGGCUUAUGCAGUGAAACUGGAGUUAGCAAGAUCACAAUGACAAUUAGGUACCCUUAAAACUACCGGUAGAAGACAACAAGAAAUCUACUUUGUGGCAAUGAGAACAGGCUGAGGAGUUGAGAGGUAAACUUUUGAUUCCAUUAGAACUUUCUAAAAGAGCUGUAUGAGUAAAAUUCCCCCUUACAUGUGAAACAUAGGCCAUACAUGGACAGAUAAGGCUCCUGUACAGAGUUAGCAGUUGGGGUUAAGGGAAUGAGAAAAACUAGCAGAGGUGACUGAUUGCCUAAAUUCAUAAACUAUUUUAGUUAGAGGUGAAAUGUUGAAUUUCCAGUUUAGUUUAUAAACAAAGGACAGAACAAUAGAUAAAGGUAGAUUAGAAAUACAUUUAAUCCCAAAUUAAAUGUAAAAAAAAAAAAAAAUGUGAAAAUGGUCAUAAUAGUGUAUGUUUAUAAUUGUCUGUCUUACUUUGAUUAACAAAACAAUUUUCUUGUAGAUUUCAAAUUAGGUUUACAAUUUUCAAAGCUGAUACUGUUUGUAUUGGCAUUCAUAAACUAUUUUUUAAAGAGUGUAUCUAAAGCCAAUAUUUGCAAUUCCUGUCGAAUAGUUGACACUUCACGAUUUCUUUCCAGUACUGUAUACUAAUUAAAAUCUCUUUGGUAGGCAUGCUGCUCCAGCUAAGACUAAAGCUAGGAAUUAUAGCUACUUCAUCAAGUAGGGAGUCAUCUGCACACAAGGUUUCAUUUAUUAGAUUAUGAUUUCAUGGGCUUCAUGCAGUCUUUUGUUUCCUCUUAAAUCCUUCCAAUAUUCUCCUAAUAUUUCAAAUUCUGCCAUCAAAAUUAGUGUUUCUGUGGUUCAUUUGUUAUCCCUGCUAUGUGGCUUACGCCCUUUGCAUUCAGUCACGCACUCACGCACCUCUAAACCCAAAAGCAGCAUAUUUAACUUCCAGUGACAAUUAUUAACAAGAGAACAACCGCUGCUUGCGGGCUGCGUGAAAUCUCUCCUGAGGCAAGUGAUGUUCGAUUUACUGGAAAUUUACACAAUUGACAUAUAUAGUAGUAUGAGCUUGAUUCCUCCACAUAUCUGUUUUGAAUAGUGGUGUGACAACUCAUUCACGUUAAACUCUAUAAUACUAUGUGCGUGAACCAUUAGGUAUGAGGAAGUCAGUGUUGUGGUGCGUGUACGCACGUACUGUACACAACGCCUGAGUCUGCCAGGCGCCAGCUGAGAUACUUUUAGCUUGAGCGGGGAGGUAGAGGCGGCGGUGAGGGCUGACGAGGAACGGACUAGUGGAGCAGGACCAAGACAGUAUAGUGCCAACAGUGCCAGUAGUGCUGAAUAACCCUCGUGAUGCCGAGGUGCAGAGGAGUGAGUCCUUUAAGAGAGGUGGCUGGGGAGUGUGUCUUUCGGUGGCUGAAAUGGUCUCUCCGCCUCCAACCUGGACCUCGGGAUCGGCAAAAACUUCGGCAGCACAUGCUAAAUACACUUGCACCCCGGCCACGACAAGCCCUGCUAUCACAGGUACUGGCCAUGCCUAACGUGGUGAUGGACACCAAGUGCCAGUUGGUUGAGAUACUCGGUGAUACUACCACCUGGUGCGCAGACCUGACCCCCGGAGGCGAGUUGUACGUGGAUGAGGUGUUCCAUCUGUAUCGUUCCCUCACCAUGGCUGGCCUCAUCAACAUAACACAUCUGGGCAUGAUGUGUAACAUCCAGUCCCUCGCAGACCGCCGCUACCUGCCCGACGUGAACUCCACCUUCUACCGUUUGAUGGGACACCUGCGGCACUUGGUGUGGGUGACGCUGUGUGGUGUGGCCGACAACACCAUGCUAGCAGCUCUGGGUGCGAACUGCCACGCCCUGCAAUACUUGGACGUGUCUUCUUCCCCGCGAGUGGACGAUGUAGGGGUUGGCAAGCUGCUACUGAGAGGGAAAAUAAAUAUGCGAGACCUCUCUCUCUUAGCUUCUGCUCCUUUGCCCCCCACUUCCCCAUGCUGCGCUUCCCUCACUUUCCUCGGGGUGUCACAGACAGAGGCAGGUGUUGCCAGUGUUGUCUUACUUUUACGGUGCUUGCGUCAAAUCACUUCUCUAGGCGGCUGCAUCAGUGAUGGAAGUAUGGUGGAUGUGCUGCAGGUGCUGAAGGCCGGUGGAGUCGCUGACUGGCCUACCAGCCUCACCAAGGUGUGGGAGCCCCGAGUUCUUCCCCACCAUGCACCUCUUCUGGUUGCAGCUUGUCCCGCCCUCCACUCUCUCAUCACACAAGAAGUUUCUGUCUCAUCUGUGUCCCUUCUGCCACCCCUUCUGGAGCUUACGAUUGACUUGUGUCUGCGUGGCGACACAGAGCUGCUAUACGAGAUGUUGGAGACCAGCGGUUCCACUCUUACCCACUUUGUUCUGGAAGGGAACAUCAAUUGUCCACUGGAGAUGAGUUUCCUUAUGAGCGCUGCUCCUCAACUACGUCACCUGAAGGCGUGUGUCUACUUGGAAGAGGGCUGCGAGGUGCAGGGUUGGGCGUCAUUGGCCAGCGCCGAGGUCGGGGUAACCACCUGCAAGGGGAUUGUGGCUCUGCUCACGCACACGCCCGCUUUGCGUCGCCUCACACUCUCUCUUGAACCAGAGCCAUACGCGGAGACCUGGCGAGACCUGGACGAUGGGGUACUAGGGCAGGUGAUGGGCGGGGGCGGACUGGAAGCAUUAGAGCAGCUAGUUGUGACGAGAUGUGGCAUGACGCCCUCGGGAUUAGAGUCACUAAUGCUUCACUGCCAACACUUGGAGCUGGUGGCGCCGCUCAUCCAGUGGCCCGCUAUCACUCUAGAUGACCUUGUCCUGCUGAGGAAGCAGAUUGUGUGCAGUAACUGGUGCCUUGACCUACAGUUGAGUUUAGAGUCUCCGCUGAAGCCUGUCGCGUAGUAUUUCGUCCCUACCCACUACCCUCUCCUUUAUCCUAUCCUGUCUUCGUGCAAAUGGUGACGUAACUGUCAUACCUGUCACUUAUCACUAGACCAUUUCCAUUACUGCCGAUACCAUGCGUCAUCUCUUUAUUCAUAGACUUAACGUUGCUGUGUUGUCCCGUGAUUACUUUCCCUCUGAUACCAUGAUCCAAGAUCUCCUCUUGGUCUGGUAUAUUUAUGUUCUGCAAAGUGUGUUUCACCAAGUAACCGGUUAAUCUGCAAUGAACUGAGUGAAUUAAUGUUGCAGUGCUGAACAGUUUGGCUGUGAUAUCCUUCAGUUGUGCUUACAGUUUGUAGAAAGUUAUUUAUGACCACAGCUCUGUGAUAUUGUAGAAUUAUGUCUUAGGGCAAUAGUUUAAUAAAAUGAAGAGUA